GUCCUUGUGUACAUCUCCUGCUGCUAUGAGAAUGGGUAUAUAAUAGGUUGCAUCUCCCUUCUCAGCAUGAGCAUUACUAGUCUCUCUUCACUCUCCUAUUUCACACCAUGGCCUCAUUCUAUUCUACUCAGGCACGCUUUCAAAACUUAGGAAUCCUUGCCGUAUGACUCAAUCACGCCGACCUUUCCAGUUAUAUGACGACAGAGCAUCUGCCGAAGAACAACCCCUCCCCGAUGCCCUUCAUCGCGCGUCCUUCUUAAAGAGGGUACUUUGUUUUUUGGCACUUGGACGCCCAGAUCUUGGUGAUCAUUGGAAGUCGCUGCAAUCAGAUCAAGCCUUCGAAACCGUUAGGAGCAGGUUAUGCUCCAUCUUGGCCAGUACUAUCACUACCGCGAGUGUCCUCCUCGCUAUAAGCGGUGUUUUCGUCAGCACGGGUUCUCCUGUGUCGUACUUCGACUACACAUCGCCCGUUCCCUAUUGUCUGCUCUUUAUAUCGCUCAUGUUCGCCAUGAUCGCGAUGCUGACGUCUGGCUCGAGCAUGAUACGUUGGCUACACACCGAUCGCUACUGGACCCAAGAACAACUCAAGCAAGGCGACUAUUUCAUCUUGUCCUACCUGUUGUCGAUAGUCACGCCUAUAGUCUUCAUUGUCUGCUCCCUCAAUUGUUUCAUAUUUGCGAUGUUGAUAGCAGGCUUUUCUUCUCAAAGCAUGAUCUGCCGCGCCGUCACUGCGCUCUGGCUGGUCGCAUACGCCGUCAAUGUUGGGACAAUUAUGAUGGAAGCUAUGUGGAAAUACGCGACAAGCCUCAAUCACGCUGGAGAUCGCCAGUAGUUUUCCUCAUUUCACCUGCGGUUUGUCUAUGUUGUAUACAACCUGAUGUGGCACACAAAUGUAUUCGGAUUUGAUGUAUGUAGUCUGGGGCUUUCAAUUAUGCAAAUCAAUUUUUCAAGACCGUUUCACAAC